GCUGGAACACUUUGCACGAACGAAAGUACCGCACUUCCCUCCCCCAAGACGCACAGGGAGGAGGAGGAGGAGGAGGAGGAGACAGGAGUCAAAGAGAAACAGCCAGUUUCUCAUGACUGCACUUUCUUUAUCCCGAACACAUUUGUUUGUAGCUUUCCGAACAGGAAACUACCCAAGCUGCCAGCCAAUCAGCGCUGCGUCCUCGAUCAGCAUCCAGGAGCAGCUCCAAACGCUCAGCAUCACUUGGAAGAGCUGGACGCAGCAGCAGCAGCAGUCCCGCUGGGAGCUGAACAUCCAUGGAUUCAUCUCUUGGCUGGAUUAUAUUUUAGAAGCGCUCCUCUUCUCUUGAACUUGCAUCGCUCUCCCUUAUUCCCCCAGCUGCCACACAGUGAGUUAUUACGCGACCUGUAUACGUGGCUCGGUAUUGCGGUACUUGCAGUAUAAAGGCAUCGCUAGAAGAUCGCGUCCACUGCACCAAGAAGACUCCCCGCCCUUUUCUGAAGCAACUUAAACCUCUUUACUAAUUAAAACCUCAGAUUUUUUUUCCCCCCUGGAUAAGUGCCUUCAGAUCUGCAUCACCUUUUCCUGAGAUUUUUAUUAUUAUUACUCCUACUACUUUAGGACCAUCUCUUUCUUCACUUCCACAGCUGCAUAGAAAAUGUCUGCCCCCGAUGCUGCCGCCCCUCCUGCUGCUGGACCUCCAGGGGCUCCAGGUGCCCCCGGUGCAGAUGGAGCCCCAGGCGGUGCACCUCCAGGCCCCCCCAACACAUCGAGCAACCGCAGGCUUCAGCAGACACAGGCUCAAGUUGAGGAGGUGGUGGAUAUUAUGAGGGUGAACGUGGACAAGGUUUUGGAAAGGGACCAGAAGCUUUCAGAGUUGGAUGACAGAGCAGAUGCUCUCCAGGCCGGAGCCUCCCAGUUUGAAAGCUGCGCAGCCAAGCUAAAAAACAAGUACUGGUGGAAGAACUGCAAGAUGAUGAUCAUGAUGGGCAUCAUUGGAGUCAUUGUGGUUGGAAUAAUAUUCUUGUACUUCUUCUACUGAACUCCUCCCAUCAUCACCGAUGAACUCAAACUUAAGGAUAACAUUACAGGGAAGAGGAAAAAAUGAAGAAUACCAAGCGCCACUCCUCCCUUCGAUCAGCCGUUCUCCCUCUCUCCACACGGUCUCCCAUCGAACCAUCCUGCACCUAAACAGUAGCGCUCCUGGCCUCUUCGUCCCCCUUUCCCCACCUUCUUUCUUGCUGCUUUCCCCGUGGUUCUCCACGAAGUCUCACUCACUCUCUCUCCAGCCUCUGCACCUCAUGCAUAAUUGAAGGCUGCUGCUGGCAGACGGAAACCAGGAGGAAAGAUGGAAAGAAACAGAGCUCAGAGAAAACUAAGGGGAGAUUAAACAACAGUUUGUAGUCUUUCUACUCGAGAUACGCCAAAGCUUGUUCAUAAUCAUUUUUGUUUUAAAGAGAGCUACAUUUAUAUAUUGAUACUGACAUGCCAAACCAAUACCCUCCAUUCAUCAUAACCGCUUCAGUCAUUGCUUCUUACUAACACGUUAGAUUAGGAGUCCAGUCAUUUCUGUUUUCUGUUUUUUUUGUUUUUUUUUCACGAGUGCAAUUGUGUUUAGCCGCUCUGCAGCUUUUACCUGUUAGGAAUUUACCAGUAAUCUAUCAUCACUUCCUGUUACAACUUUCUCUCACGUAAGUCUCAAACAUCUGCAGGGAUGACAAGAAAGGAGAAAUGCAAAAAAGGGAGAAAAGCUGUGUCAAAAGUUUGGCCGAAAAAGGCUGAUUCAGGAAAAAAAAAAAAAAAGAAGUAGGAGUACAGCCGCAUAUUUUCCUGCAUAAAUACGUUCGACUUGAGUCAUAACCUGCAGGCGGAAAAGGGACGAAUCAGUUUUCACGUGCCCCUGUGGGUUUUUUUUUUCUUUCUACCUUAGGUGGUAGCAUUAGAGUCAUACGCACAGACAGAAAGACACACCAAGCAGCUACUGACAGACAAUCUGUACGCCUGAAAGGACCCAUGGGAAGGCCUCUUGACUCUGACUGGACAGAGUCGCAGCCAUAGACAGAUGAAUGUGUAGCGUCUCAGUUCGAGCAACCUCCAUUUGUAGAGCAGAGCAGAGUUGUGGUUUUCAGAGAGCAGGAGGGUCUGAACGAGGACAGUAUUAGGAUACCCCCGAGCCAUGUGGCACCACCCCCCCCUCCCACAGACUCACAUAAAACCAGACUCAUCUGUCAUCAGUACGGUAACAGCCAGUAAGAGGCAUUCGUUUCUAACCUGCAUGGCAAACGGUACCCAUAUUUGUGUGACCUGUGUAUCUGCCAUCUCUGAAUCUUACUGCCGAUUGUAUAUUUUCUUUCCUUAGUGGUUUUAAGGACCUGUGUAUAUUUGUCUUUCUGAUCAUAUACUUACUGCUUAUGCAAUGUGCAAUGCAACAGCGCUCACGAGUUUGCCAAAAUCUGUCACUUGCUUUUGAGAGAAAAAAAAAACAAAAACAUAAUCCUCAAGGACUGCAACCAACAGCUACUGUAGUAAAUCAUUUUAGGAAUCAUGUGGAGUUGAUUAUACCAGAACCACUGUACACACAGCCCUGUUUAUGCUCCUCGAAAUGUGUUUAUAUCAGUACCUUCGAUUUUAGGAGACUGCGGGUAAUACCUGCAACUCAUUUCUCUCUGUCUGGACUGAUUUUCAAAGUUGUGAAGAACAAAAUAAUAAUACUGAGAAAUUCAUGGGAUAAGUACAUUUAUGCAUAACUUUAGAGCUAAGCCCUGAUUACCUGCUGAUGUUGUGCCACAAUAUCAGCAGGUAGUCACUAUAUAAAAAGAGAUUAUGUUUUGUGACUUAAAAAUAGGAUAAGAGAUGCAACUGAAUUUUGCAAAAGACAAAUGCAUGUUUACCACUUUUGCUGAUGCCAAUAAAGAAAUCAUGAACCGAA